GAGGCCGCUGGGUGGUCAGUGCGCGGCGUCUCUUUUUCCUGAGUCGGGACCCGGCGGGACCACGAGGCGCCAUGGGCGAGCUGGCUCCGGUAAGAGGGGCUGUAGAGGCUGCGGGCCCUGCCGAGACUCGUCCCUGUCGCGGUCUGGAGUUGCGUGCCGGUGCAGGGAGUGAGGCGGUAACCGUGUUAUUUGACGAUGUGGCCUUAUAUUUUUCGGAAGAAGAGUGGGAGAUCCUGGAGAAGUGGCAGAAGGAAAUGUAUCAGCAAGUGAUGAAGACCAAUUAUGAGACCUUGGAUUCCCUAGGCUGGGUUUUUUCCAAGCCAGAUCUGAUCACCUGGAUGGAGCAAGGGAGAAUGCUAUUCACCAGAGACCAGGGACACUUAGAGAAAACAAGAAUAACACUUAGCCCUUCUGCUGAUGAGUGGUUGGACUUGAAGAAUACUGGAAAGUUGCCACGUGUUGGUGACCAAGGAACUCUGAAGGCAGAAGAGGAGGAAUGCCAUUUAAAUGGUCUCCAAAAGCAGGGGUCAUGUGCUACCUUAUCAGGGGAGGAAAGAAAGAUUUUAUCAAAUCAAAGAGUCGCCUUGCAACAUCCAAGUCUCCCAGAAACAGAGAUUGUAAAUAAAAACCUCGACGUCACAGCAUCUAAUCAGGAUAAGAAUGAUCCGUGGUAUAAGCCGAUGGGUACCCCAGGUCACCUGGAACUUCCACCAGGGCCAAGACUUUACUCCUGCUUUGUCUGUAGGAAGGUCUUCCAUGUAAAGAGAGACUUGGUAAAGCACAAAAGGAACCACUCCAACAGCCAGCCCUGUAAAUAUGCAAAGUACAAAAACCAAUCCCGAGGGCACUCUGGACUCAGGUGGACCCGGACAAUCCUGUGUAAGAGGAAGCGUUUCCAGUGCACUAAGUGUGAGAAGAGCUACUCUUUCAAGUGCAGCCUGCUCAUCCACCAGGUUGUUCACACGGGGCAGAGGCCCUUCCAGUGCUCUGAAUGUGACAAGACCUUCCAGUAUAAAGCCACUUUGAAGAAGCAUCUCUGUUUGCACAAAGGGGAGAGGCCGUUUUCCUGCAAGGAGUGUGGCAGGGGUUUCAUCCAGCAGUACAAGCUGACCGAGCACCUCAGGGUGCACACUGGGGAGAAGCCUUUCCAGUGUCCAGAGUGCGACAGAAGCUUCCGCCUGCAGAGAAGUCUGAAGGCCCAUCUUUGUCAGCACAGUGGGAAGAAGCCCUUCCAUUGUCCAGAGUGUGGCAGGAGCUUUUCCCGGAAGACCGCCCUGCAGGUCCACCAGAGAAUACACAGUGGAGAGAAGCCAUUUUCUUGUGAUGAAUGUGGCAGGAAAUUUACCCGCAAGACUAAACUCACUGAGCAUAUCAGAGUUCACACGGGAGAGAAGCCCUUCCAGUGUCCUGAGUGUGAUAAAAAUUUCCGCCUAAAGAAAAGCCUAAAAGCCCAUCUGUUUCAGCACAGCGGGAAGAAGCCCUUCCAGUGUCCAGAGUGUGACAAGAGCUUCUCUUGGAAGAACGCCAUGAAGGCCCACCAGCGUUUACAUAACGAGGAGAAGCCGUUCGCCUGUGCGGAGUGCGGCAAGAGGUUUACCCAGCCCUCUAAGCUCGCUCGCCAUGGCAGAGUCCACAACAGGCAAAAGGAAUUCUCCUGUGGCCAGUGCGAAAAGACCUUUCCUCGGCAGUCGAGGCUCACGGAGCAUCUCAGGGUCCACACCAAAGAAAGGCCGUUCUCCUGUGCGGAGUGCGGCCGGAGCUUCAGCCGACACUCGCACCUCACUGAGCACAUGAGACUUCACGGUGAGGAGGAGCCUUUCCAGUGUCCUGAGUGUGACAAGAGCUUCUUCUGGAAGGCCUCCAUGAAGUUGCAUCAGCGGACACACAGGGGCGAGAAGCCCUUCGAGUGUAGUGAAUGCAGUAAGACCUACACUCAUCAGUCUCAGCUCACUGAACACAUGAGGAUCCACAGUGGAGAGAAACCCUUCCAGUGCCCCGAGUGCAGUAAGAGUUUCCGUCUCAAAGGAAACCUGAAAAGCCACCUGCUCCAGCACAGCGGCAAAAAGCCAUUCUCUUGUGUUUGGUGUGGCAAAAGUUUCACUCAGCAGUACAGGCUCACAGAACACAUUCGAGUUCACAGUGGUGAGAAGCCCUUCCAAUGUCCGGAGUGUGACAAGAGCUACUGCAUAAGGGGGAGUUUGAAGGCCCACUUGCAUACGCACAGUGGAGACAAGCCCUUCAGGUGUCCUGAGUGUGGCAAAGGCUUCCUCCAGAAGAGAAGCUUGAAGACCCACCUGCACCAUCACCGAGAGGAGAGGCCUUUCUCCUGCGAUGAGUGUGGAAGGAGCUUUACAUACCUGGGGGCACUCAACACCCACAUUGCAGUACAUGCCAGGGAAAAGCCCUUCAGUCUCUAGGUGAAGCCACACACAAAGUAAGCAGUGACAGCUUUUAGGUGGAGCCAGCAGCCCUGUCGGCUCUGGCUGAGGCAGGAUAAAGAACUUCACAGAACACUGGCUUCAGACACUGGCCACAUACAUAGCAGGCAGGGUGUGAUGGCUCCUUAACAAAGGUUCCAAACAGUCCAGGCAUAAGAUAGUCAAAGGGGCAUCUCCCCUCUGUAGUCCUCAUGGGCAAGGCCGGUCAAUCAUGGAAGAACAUUGUUUUGUUCUGUGAUUUCAUCAGUUUUUUCACUGUCAUCCAAGAGUGGGAUAAUCCCUUCAUUAAAUUCUGAAACCACAGGCUGAUUGAAGAAAUGUUUCUCCCCAAAACUCCUCAGUCUGCUUUCCAUUACCAGGCCUCCUUAUUUGAAUUUGUAUUUUCUCAAAUGGUGAGAGGGCAUCUCUGUUUGGAGGACUUUCUCCAUAUUGCAAAAAAUAAAUGUCGUCUGCCAUCUUAUUUGGUAAAAUGGUGGCCCAUAUUAGUGUUAUUUCCUUCUGGGUUAAUUUCAAUCACCAAAAUAUUCAGGAUUGUGAGUAGCAAGCAAUGUUAUUUAUCUGAGUUCUCUGCUUUUUCAACAGUGUGUCAAUUUUCAAAUAUAGUUGCCUUAACAUUAGCGUCUCUGAGGUAAAUACCAAAGGAAAAACUACUGUCCAUGACAUCACUCCAUUUUUUGCUCUAUGGCCUAAUCUUUCAUUAUAAGGUAAUUUUCCAGCCCAUUAUAGCAAACCUUCAUCUGUCUCUUGGACUGUAAUCUCUAACGUUAUUCCUACAAAAACCUAAAGGUUUCCUUCCUUAAUGAAUCUUUGGAGGCUAUGUAAAUUUUUUGUCUUUGUAGCACAACAUGUGAUCCCAGAUUACCUGAAUCAGAAUCAGCUAGGAUGAAGGGCGCUCCAUGAAUCACAGUGUCUAUACAAAAAGGAGAGGUGCCACCUCUGGUUGGUACAGUCCUGUGGGUGUAGGCCUCUUGCUGAGUUGAUGGUGCCCUUGUGCAAAGAAAAGGACACUUUCCCGUGGCCUGUGCCAGGCAUGUUGGGCUGGAUAUCAGUGUUGGCUGGCCUCUUACCAGUGUACCUCAGGACAACUCUGUGCCUUUGCCUGGGAUUCAUCUUAAAAAUGCAGACACUUGGGACCCUCCCCAGAUGUACUGAGAUACAAUCUUCCUCGGUGAUCUCGUGCCAACUGAAGUUUCAGAACAUGGUCUAGUGAGUGGAGAGACGAGGAAGGAAAACCAUGUUUGAAAGGCAUUCUAGCCAUCAUGCUGUGAGAUUCAGGUUAGAACUCUUCCUUCAGCCUUUUCCUCCUCCCUGUUGUAAUAAAGCUUCUUGUGAUAAACUUU